AUGAACAACUAUAAGGACUUGGGGCUGACCUCUACUCUAUUCAUUUCUUCACCGACCAUCCUAACAUUCGUGGGCGACGUUCUUCCGGUUUCGAUCCUCCCGAAGAAGAGAUGAAGGUCCUACUGACAUUAUCGAUCGUCGCCACGAUCUUCGCCGCUGCAUUUGCUCGUGAUUUGCCCAGCUUUCUUCACGUUUGCAAACGGAACGACCCGAACUUGAGCAACUGCAUCAAGAAAAGCGUAGAGAAUUUCAAACCGUACUUAAUAAAUGGACUUCCGGAAUACAAUAUACCUACUUUGGAACCAUUAUUGUUGGACGAAUUGGAGGCUGAACCGGGGAACACUAUUAAACUGAGGCUGAAGAACGUUCACGUCUACGGCGCUAGUAAUUUCACCGUUUCCAGAUUGAAGGCCAAUACAGACACGUUGCGUUUCGUGGUGGAAUUGAACUUCUCGAGCCUUUCUAUAGAAAGUGACUACGAUAUAGAUGGAAAAGUGAUCCUUCUGCGUAUCAAAGGAUCAGGUCCGAUGACUGGAAACUUUACAAACUGCAAAGGACUCGUCAAGCUUCAGGCACACGUGGUAAAACGAGACGAUGGCGCGAAUUACGUGGAAAUCGUAAACUUCAUUACGAAAAUCUCGGUGGGCAAGGGACAUUUGUUGCUGAAGAAUCUGUUCGGCGGUGAUCCACUUCUUGGCGAGGCCAUAAACGUGGCCAUCAACAGUAACUUCGACGAUUUCAUCAAGGAGCUUCAACCGUCCCUCGAAAGCGCCAUAUCCAGCACGUUCCUCAAAAUCGCGAACAGCAUUCUGGGACAAUUCACUUACGAAAUGCUUUUCCCACUUUCGUAGGGUAGACAAUUCAAAUGUAUGAUCGUUCGUUAACCCUU